CUCUCCAUAAUAUUAGUAUAAACUUCACAUGUAUUUGUUGGUUUGUAAUUAGGAAAUGGGAUGCUUUGUAUCAACAACGAAAGACAUAGGUGAGAACAGGAGACGGCCAGCAAACAUCGGGGAGGUUUCUGUGUUUGUUCCAGGCCUACGCAUCCCUAAAGCCGUGAACUUUGCUCAGUCACUGGGAAAUAAUGUAACUAAAAGUUCAGUCGAACGCCUCUCAGCUCUUAGAAACAGAAUAGUAGUUAUGGCAGGGCAUGAAGCUCCAACUAUUACAAGAACCAGAAGAAGAACAGCCAGUCAGCAUGGAAGAUCCAUAUUGCGUGAUCUUCUUAAGGCGCUCGAAGAAUAUCUGCCAGUCCUUUUGGGGUUGGUUAAAGAUGGCAGUCCAUUGCAACACAAAGUACAAUUUUCCUGGGUUAAUCAAGAGGAUGAACUGGAGGAAACCGCAAUGUAUAGCGCUUGGUACGAAGUAUUAUCGGUUCUUCACUUUAUGGCGACGCUAUUAUUAUCGCAAGCCAAUUUGUUGCUUCUUCCACGAACUUCCACUGAUGGGUUUCAGCCAAAGGUAUCAGAAGAGAACAGAAGAUCUGCUGUUGACAUAUUCUUGAAGGCAGCAGGAUAUCUUGAUUGUGGUGUUAGACAUGUUCUUCCACAUUUGCCGAUUGAACUGAGGAGAAAUCUUCCCGUGGACCUAGCUGAAGGAGUUCUACGAGCACUUUGCCUCCAAGCACUUGGCCAGGGUGUGGACAUCCAACUUGGGCUUGCAAUUGAGAAUAGCAAGGCAACAUUGGCAGUCAAAAGGAGACUGGCAUGUGAGAUGGUCAAGUACUGGCAGCAGGCUCAAGAUAACAUCAUGAACCUUCCACUAGCAAAUGGUUGGGGAGAAAAGCAUAGGCUAUUUGUCAAGUGGAAAUAUAUUGAAGCUAAGGCUGCUGCUUACUACUAUCAUGGCUUGAUUCUUGAUGAGGGAAAUACUGAGAAGUCUCAUGGAAUGGCUGUUGCUGCUCUACAAGCAGCGGACGAGUAUCUCAGAGAGAGCAAGAGAACUGCUGAAGCUUUUAACUUAUCUGUUCCUGUAUCAAGGAACCCUCCCCUUUGGGGAACUAUCAAGUUUCUGUCUGAAAAGAUUCCCAAGGAUACUUCGAGCAAGGUGCGAAUCAACAGGGAUCUCUUCUCUCACGAAAAAAUAAUGGAGACAGCUCCAACGUUGCCAGACUUUGCUUUGGCCCUCAAACCCAACGAAUAUCAGCUUCCUCUCGUCGAUGUCUCUUGGGAGGAAGAACCACUUAACAAGUUUAGUAAGCAUAAAGGGUAGAGCUUAUAUUCCGCAGAAACAAGCGUGAUCCACCACACUGGAAUCAAGUUACAAUUCAAAUGCCUAUUACAUCAGACUAUUUAAGUUGUCAAUUAGUACAUUCCUAAAAAAACAAGGAUAAUGGUGUCACUACAUCAAUCUUCUCCUCCAUUUUCUGUUUCUUCUAACCUCCGUUUUGCUUCCUCCCCCUCUGCACAAGGCACAAUUAAUAAUGA